CUUCCUGGCUCUGAUGCAUUAACGUGAGAGAGAAAGAGACUUGAGAUGGAGAGAGUGAAGGUUACAAAUUUAUUGACAAUAGUGGGUGUGGCGUUGCUGGCAUUAGUGCCGAAGAUGGAGAGCCAGCACACUGGGGCACCAACAGAGCCUAGGCCACUUUGUGCAUCUCAAUAUGCACUCGCAAACUAUGCUUGUGUAAGGCUUCCUUUCACUCCAGGAACGCCUCCCUCUCCUCCCUCGCGAGACGACGACCAUAGCCACCGACACCGACAUGGACACGGGCACGGGCACCGACACCGACACCGACACCAUCACCAUCACCAUCACCACCACACUAGUCAAGAAGAGAACUGUUGCAGAUGGGUUAGGGAGGUGGAUAGCCAGUGUGUGUGUGAGGUUCUGCUUCACUUGCCUCCUUUCCUUGUCAGGCCUCUUCAUCAGUACACGGUCACCGUUGGAGAUUUCUGUAAUGUUACUUAUUCCUGCGGAGGACCCAUUUGAUCACAUCUUAAUUGACCACCGUGAAAAGCAGUCUACUAGUCUGUGACUUUGUGUUUGAUUAUCAAGCUUUAAUUUAUGCUCAUAUUUCCUGAUUGCUUGUAUUUAUUUCUGGUUGUUUAGCUGCUGUGCACUAACUUGGGUGUUUUCUGCGGUCGAGAUUAUGGUUUGUCUGAUUAUCUACUCAACUCA